GGCCGGGGCUGCGCGGCGGGAGGUGACGCGGCAGUGCGGCGUGGAGGGGCAGGCCUAGCUUGGGGCCCGCGGCCUAGGUGGGUUUUCUGGCCGAGCCGCGACCCUUGCGCACGGGUGUCAGACCGCAGCGGUGAGGGCCGAGGGCCCUCCGGGGUCGCCGAGGCCGCUGUCGCGCCAUGAUCGACUCGGUGAAGCUGCGCCGCAACUGCGCGGCCGACUUCUUCUUGCACUACGAGUACUUGUGCGCGCUGCAGGACUCGGUGCCGCUGCCCGCCCUGCGCUCCUGCCUGCGGGAGGGCGUGCUGGACUUCAACGCCGAUCGCCUCCGCGUGGUGGACUGGGCGCCGCUGCUGAGCACCCUCAAGAUCAAUAAAGACCUGCCCCUGGUCGCCAUCAAGAGCUUCUGCCAGCCGUGGCUCGGGGAGACAGGUUCUGGCAUAAACAAAGCUUGCAGAAGUCGUAUACCUGCAAUAAGAUCCAAAGAUGUGACCUUCCAGUUAUGUAAAGCCCUUAAAGGUUGUUUAAGUGCAUCAAGUGUGCUAAGGAACCUGGAGCUAAAUGGACUAGUUCUGAGAGAGAGAGAUUUAACUAUUUUAACAAAGGGAUUGAAUAAAUCGACUUCUUUGGUGCACCUGUCUCUUGCAAAUUGUCCAAUUGGAGAUGGAGGUUUAGAAAUUAUUUGUCAAGGUAUAAAGAACUCUGUCACUCUUAAAACAGUCAACUUCUCGGGGUGUAAUCUGACAUGGCAGGGAGCAGAUCACAUGGCCAAGAUCUUAAAGUAUCAGACCAUAAGAAGGCAUGAAGAGACCUGGGCUGAGAGUCUUCGCUAUAGGAGACCUGACCUUGACUGCAUGGCUGGCCUAAGGCGUAUCACAUUGAAUUGUAACACGCUGGUUGGUGACCUGGGUGCACGUGCUUUUGCAGACUCUCUUAAUGAAGAUUUAUGGCUUAAAGCACUUGACCUGCAACAGUGUGGCCUCACCAAUGAAGGAGCCAAGGCUUUACUAGAGGCCCUUGAAACCAACAGAACUCUGGUCAUUCUGGAUAUAAGAAAAAAUCCACUUAUUGAUCAUUCUAUGAUGAAAGCAGUUAUCAAAAAAGUUCUCCAGAAUGGAAGGAGUGCUAAGUCAGAGUACCAGUGGAUAACUUCUCCAUCAGUGAAGGAACCAUCCAAAACUGCUAAACAGAAAAAGAGAACUAUAGUUCUAGGAACUAGUCGAAAAGGAAAAGCUACUAUUAGAAUCGGAUUAGCUACAAAGAAACCUGUAAGUAAUGGAAGAAAGCACACCCUGAAUAAGGAAUGUAAUACUCCUGAGCCUCUACCACCUGGUGUGUCUGGUUUCUUGCCAUGGCGUACUGCAGAACGUGCAAAAAGGAACAGGGGUUUUCCAUUAAUCAAAACUCGUGAUAUAACUAAUCAACUGCAGCAGUCAGAUUUUCCUGUGACUGUGACUGUAGAAAGUCCUUCAUCCUCAGAAAUUGAAGAGGUUGAUGAUUCUUCAGAAAGUGUUCAUGAAGUGCCUGAGAAAACCACUUUAAAACAAGAAGCAUUACAGGGAAAACUGGAGGAGUGCCUAAAGCAGUUAAAGGAGGAAAGAGUAAUACGACUUAAGGCUGAUGAGCGAGUCAGUGAGCUGGAACAUGAAAACGCCCAGUUAAGAAAUAUAAAUUUCUCUUUGUCUGAAGCCCUUCACGCACAGUCAUUGACAAGCAUGAUCCUGGAUGAUGAGGGAGUUUUGGGCAGCAUUGAGAAUUCUUUUCAGAAGUUCCAUGCUUUCUUAGAUCUCCUUAAAGAUGCCGGGCUUGGGCAGCUUGCCACUAUGGCUGGUAUAGAUCAGUCAGAUUUUAACUUACUGGGUCAUCCCCAGAUGAAUUCUACUAUUAGUAGUCCACCUAAAGAAGAAAAGGAAGGAGAAAAACCAGAUCCAAAGCAGAAUGCCCUAGGACAAAUGCAAAAUAUCCAAUUUCAGAAAAUUACAAGUGAUGCUACAAUUCCUUUGCCUCUCGACUCCUUCAGUGCCCCAGUUCCCCAGGAGGCCUCAGUGAAUUCCAGAGACAAUCUGGCAGCCCCAUCUCCUGAGCAGCAGCAGGAGUCUUUUGAAGGACUCAUUGCUAGAACAUGCUCUCCUUUAGCAGGUGUGAUUUCUGGAACUGGAAAUCAAAGAGAAGAAGAGUUGUCUAGAAAUAGCAGAUCAUCUUCAGAGAAAAUGACCAAAACAGGUGAAUAUACCAAAAAACACUCUGCUGAGAAACAGCCUGGAAAUUGGAAAAGGAAAGGCAUUGGGGAAAAUAGUUCUUUGGAUGAUGAACCAAUUAAAAGUGAAUCUUUGAAAAAAUACAUUUCUGUCAAGAAAGAAAGUAGAAUAGUGACUGUUUCAUCCAAGACAAACAAAAGUAAACCCAAUCCACUAGAAAAUUCUGAAAGUGAUACUCUUGGAUCUGAUUUUGAAUUUCAAGAAAGCAUCUGUUCUCUAUCACACCUGACCUAG